UCCGUCCAGCGUGUUUUAUUUUAAACACUACUAAUUUUCUCUUAAAUGAGCACAAACAGUUACUAAAGUAGUCAAAUGCUUCAUUAUAUAUCUGUGCAUUCUUUCAUUAACUCUGUUAACUAUUAACUAUAGUAACUUUAAUCAAUAUGCAAAUACAAUUAAAAGCAAAUUCGUACGUACGGGAUUCGGCGUACGUAGUGUUUCAUACAUCUGAAUUUUUUACUGCGUAGGCAAUGUUUUAGUAUGAUUUCAACGCAAGUCUUCAUACAUAAGGCCCCUCCUGUUUAACAAUGUCCUUUAAAGUGGUUUAAAAUAGGCACAAUAUAUCGUUUCAGCAUUGACAUCGCAAUAUGUGCAUCCACAAUAGUCACAUCGCAAAGAUAUGCAAUGUUGAGUCUGAAUUAUAGUUGACCAGGAGCUACAGAAAUAUAUUCGAUCACUGUAAUUAUAUAGAAUUUAAAUGAUUUAUGAAAAAAAAGUCUCAGAAUUCUUGUCUCGUUUUUAGUCCACAUAUCUACAUUUCAAAGCGAAAAGAAUAUUUCAAGUACCUGACUGGCAGAUAAUUAGGCUUAUUUUUUCUUUCUUCUGACUGAAAACAAAACAUUUUACUUGCUCAAAGAACUGUUUGACGUUUGGACUAAAAACGAGACAAAAACAUAAGAAACCCAUUUUUUUCAUUAUGAUUAUUCAAUUGCUGAAUACUGUUAGAAAACAAUCAAAUAGUGCAAUUAAAAAAUGCCUAAUGAAACUGUAUUCAUAUCGCAAUAUUUAUGACAGAAAAAUAAAUUUUCACAAUAUCAGAUAUGUACUGUAUGAUGCAGACUAAGUUUAAAACAUCUCUUGUUUAAAUUAUAUUGGUUUCAGCUAUUGAAAUGAAGUGUUGAUUAAAGGAAUAAGUCAUUUAAUCCAGUAAUAUUUGACUUUCUCCGUUUUUCUGGCUGCAUCUAUCAUUUUAAAUGUGUUUGUCACAUAGACUGUAAAAGUCUAAACAGUGCUUCACACAUUUAGCGUUUGUUUUGGCUUUUCAGCAUUAUUCUAAUUUGGCGCGUUUUUGAUGAUCCGCCGUUGUUCCCGCCUCUUGGGAUGACGUCAGCACUGACGCGUUCAUUCAGCGUCGAGUCUUCAGAGCUGAGCUCUGCCGCCAUCAGUGAAGGACGAAGACAGAGUUUAUUGAAGGACAGUGAGAAGAUGAGUGAUCCAGAACCCUGCACAAUUAAACAGGAAGAGACUGAAGAACUAAUAGAUGUGAUAUUAAAGGUGAGUGAAGAUGAGGAGGAACAUCAGGUCAAGAGUGAAGGAAAAACUCAAGCAAACACAGAUUAUAGUGUUUCAAUGGACAGAACAGCUGUGAAAUCGUUCACAUGCUCCGAGUGUGGAAAGAGUUUCAGACGACCGUCAGGUUUAUCACAACAUAGGAAGAUCCACACUGGUGUGAGAGAGUUUGUCUGCUCUGAGUGUGAGAAGUCUUUUAUUAAAGCUGGAGACUUGAGACGACACCAGAGGAUCCACACCGGAGAGAAACCGUACAGGUGUUCACACUGCGAGAAGACGUUCAGUCUCUUACAACCACUGAAAGUACAUGAGAAGAUUCACACUGGAGAGAAACCGUACACGUGUAGUCAGUGUGGGAAGAGUUUCAGACAAUCAUCAUCUCUUUAUAAACACUUGAAGAUCCACACUGGAGAAAAGAAACACCAGUGUGAUCAAUGCAGCAAAGCAUUUUCGAGGCCUGCAGAUCUGAACGUCCAUCUUAGAGUUCAUACAAAGGAGAAGCCGUAUUCAUGUUCUGAGUGUGGAAAGAGGUUUACACGGCAGUCAAAUUUAACAAUGCACCAGAAGAUCCACACGGGUGUGCGAGAACUUGUGUGCUUUGAGUGUGGGAAAUCUUUUAUUAGAGCUGGAGACUUGAAACAGCACCAGAUGAAUCACACCGGAGAGAAGCCGUACGUGUGUUCACACUGCAACAAGAGAUUCGGUCAUUUAGGAGGUCUGAAAACGCAUGAGAGGAUUCACACCGGAGAGAAACCGUACACAUGUAUUCAAUGUGGGAAGAGUUUCACACAGUUAGCACAUCUUAAUGAACACAUGCUGAUCCACACUGCAGAGAAAACGCACAAGUGUGAUCAAUGCGGGAAAGCAUUUUUGAGGCCUUACGAGUUGAAGAGACAUCUUAGAGUUCAUAUAAAGGAGACGCCUUUGUUCGGAAAGAGUUUUACACAUCAACACAAUUCACCUUCCUGAAAACUCUUCUCUGCAUUCACAAAAUCAGAUUUCACAGUUGAAUGUAUGUUAAUGAAUUCCAACAUGUGCACUAGAGCUUUGGGUUCGGGUGGGUUUGGGCUUAAUUUCUAUCAUUUUAGACCGGGCCAGACUUGGGUAAAUGAAAAGUCACGUAAUGCAUUUCGAUUAAUGUGAGAAAGUCAUCAAAUCGUUUGUUACAACAUUAAAAUCCCUGCAAAGGUGAAACGAAUGAUGGCGGAGACGUCAAAAAGAGCGAAUUUUGAGUGUGGUCAUGCCGGCCGCCAGUUCAAAAAGAACGGUCAUUCUAGCCGCCAAGGGAUUUCGGCGAUCGCUCAUACACUGCGUAUUACGGUUGUGGGUGUAACGAGGAGACUGACACGGAGGGAUGCAGUAUGCAGUAUUUAUUAAUCACACUCUCACUCAAACAUUCAAUUUGCACAAAGAUGCGAACACACAACAACAGUAGCAGUAAAGGUUUUAAGGCUGGCGGCUGACAGGCACAGAAUGAUUUACCAGGCAUGGGUCAAAAGCAGUCGGCGUGAUUCAGAGUCCGUGUAUCAGGCUUGGGUCGUGG